AUGGGUCAGGGUAUCGGUAGUAAGGCUGUGAGGAAUCGAAAUACCUGUACCGACGAAGCUGGUGGUGACACCUCUCGAUUUGACCCCACCAAGGGCUGUGAUGGCACAACCCAGGGCUUCCUCUCACUCGCCGUCAAUGUGGAGGACUGGUGGGCGACCAGGCAGAAAAAGCCCGGCAUAAGGCCCGGCAUGAGGCCCGACUUUCUGCCGACGAUCGACGGUUGGUCGCUGCAUUUCUCGGAUCAUUUCUCAAUGGGGUCAAAGCUCGAAAUGGCAGACUCCAUUGCCAAGGAAUUGAACACCAAGAUGAGCCCGGCGCAGUGGAA